CAUGACCUUCGCCGUGUCACAGGUCGAGACGGAGGAGUUCAACGCUUUCAUUAACCUCGACCCGCCGUACUUCGUGAGGUCAGACGUGGCGUUCAACCUCUCAGUCCAGGUCGACAAGUCAGGGCCGAUGGACCUCAACUUCACCAUUCCUCCUAUCAGUCACGUGACCUCUUAUUUCAUACCGGACGACCUCCCAGCGGGCCCCGAGAGCCACAUCCUCAACCUCACCGCCCACGUCGGUGUCCCUGGCGUCUACGUGGCCUUCUUGGAGGGGGAGAACAAGCACAACCUCGACUCGGAUCCUGUCGUGACCUACGUUGACCUGGUCGUCCAGCAUCCCGUGGUCCAGACGUGGGAGGUUUGGCCUGACGAUGAAAUUUGGGCUUUCAAGAUCCCUUCGGAAGAGGCUUCCUUCCGCUUCAACGACACGGCCGGACUCCCCUUCCCGACCAACGCCACCGCCUUCAUCAACUGGGGAGACCUGACGGGCCAGGAUGUCGUGCCCUUCGAAGACCCGGGCGACGGGAUGCCCCUGUUCAACCACACGUACACGGAGGACGGGGUGUACACGGUGGAGGUGUUCAUCUUCAACGACGUGUCGGGCUGCAACAUCACGUGUAAUGUGACGAUCGUGGAGGAGAUCCAGGACCUCCACAUGUACAACCGCUACUACCCGACCCUCGCCUUCACGGAGGAGAGGAGGGGCUUCGGACGUUCGGAGGCAACGUCUCCCGGCGGACAAGAACGUUAGCUUCUUCCC